CCUCCACCGUUCAACGCCACCACCACCGUCAAAAUAACUCAAAUCCAAAAUGGGCAACGUAGAUUAUGAAUAUGGGAAUGAGGAGGCCGUCCACACCCACCACCACCUCCAACACCACCAAGUGGAGGUUCCGCCGCGACAGCCUUUCUUUAAGUCGCUAAAGUACUCUCUAAAGGAGACAUUCUUCCCGGACGACCCUCUUAGGCAGUUCAAGAACCAACCUCCUUUAAAGAGAUUCAUAUUGGGAGUUCAGUACUUCUUGCCUAUCUUUGAAUGGGGUCCACGUUACACUUUUCAGUUCUUCAAAGCUGACCUCAUCUCCGGCAUCACCAUUGCCAGCUUGGCCAUCCCUCAGGGCAUCAGCUACGCCAAACUCGCUAACUUGCCUCCAAUUCUCGGCCUCUAUUCGAGUUUUGUUCCUCCAUUAAUCUAUGCAAUGAUGGGGAGUUCCAGGGACUUGGCGGUUGGUACGGUGGCCGUGGCGUCGCUGCUCACGGCUUCCAUGUUGGGAGAUGAAGUUAGUGCUAAGGACAACCCUACGCUCUAUCUUCAUCUGGCUUUUACGGCGACGUUUUUCGCCGGAGUUUUUCAAGCUUCCUUAGGAUUGUUAAGGCUAGGGUUUAUCGUGGAUUUUCUAUCACAUGCAACGAUAGUAGGGCUCAUGGCAGGAGCAGCAACAGUGGUAUGUCUGCAACAGCUAAAAGGGAUUCUUGGACUUGAUCACUUCACUCAUGCCACCGAUGUCGUCUCUGUCAUGCGCUCUGUCUUUAGCCAAACUCAUGAGUGGAGAUGGGAAAGUGGUGUCUUGGGUUGCUGCUUCCUUUUCUUCCUUCUCGUCACUAGAUACUUUAGCAAGAAACGACCAAAGUUCUUCUGGAUAUCGGCAAUGGCACCAUUAACGUCUGUCAUCCUUGGUACCCUCGUUGUAUAUCUCACCCACGCUGAAAAACAUGGCGUUCAAGUGAUAGGAGACUUAAAGAAGGGGCUAAAUCCACCGUCCAUCGCAGAUCUGGUUUUCACUGGGCCCUAUAUGUCAACGGCUCUCAAAACAGGAAUCGUCACGGGCAUCAUCGCUCUUGCUGAAGGAAUAGCAGUGGGAAGAAGCUUUGCAAUGUUCAAGAAUUACCACAUAGAUGGGAACAAAGAGAUGAUUGCUAUUGGCACAAUGAACAUUGUCGGCUCUUGUACUUCUUGUUACCUCACAACAGGGCCAUUCUCAAGAUCAGCAGUGAACUACAAUGCAGGAUGCAAGACAGCAGUGUCAAACAUAGUGAUGGCGUUGGCAGUGAUGAUCACAUUGUUGUUCUUGACUCCAUUGUUUCACUACACUCCCUUAGUGGUGCUCUCCUCAAUCAUAAUCUCUGCCAUGCUUGGCAUCAUAGACUAUGAAGCAACAAUUCAUCUCUGGAAAGUCGACAAAUUUGAUUUCUUGGUGUGCAUUAGCGCAUUCGUUGGUGUCGUGUUUCGCAGUGUCGAAAUCGGCUUAGUCAUAGCGGUUGCGAUUUCAGUGCUGAGGGUGCUAUUGUUUGUGGCUAGACCAAGGACUAUUGUUCUUGGUAAUAUUCCCAAUUCAAUGAUCUUUAGAAAUGUUGAGCAAUACCCAAAUGCAAGACGUGCUCCUGGGAUCCUCAUACUUGAAAUUGAUGCUCCAAUUUACUUUGCCAACUCUAGCUACUUGAGAGAAAGAAUCAUGAGAUGGAUUGAUGAGGAGGAAGACAAACUUAAAUCUUCAGGGGAAACCAGCUUACAGUAUGUUAUAUUGGACAUGGGAGCUGUUGGAAACAUUGAUACGAGUGGAAUCGGCAUGCUUGAAGAAACCAAGAAAAUUCUUGACAGAAGAGACCUCAAGCUUGUAUUGGCAAACCCUGGAAGUGAAUUAAUGAAGAAGUUCAACAAAUCAAGCUUGAUAGAGAAAUUGGGGAAGGAAUGGAUAUAUCUAACAGUUGGGGAAGCUGUGGCAGCAUGCAACUUUAUGCUUCACACUUGCAAAUCAAAGCCGGACAAAGAUGAUUCAUUAGAGUCAUUGAACAAUGUCUAAGCCAAUAAGUACAUAUGUAGACUAUAUCUAUCAAACCCAUAUGACUAGGCUUUGAUAUGUAAUUUUUGCAAUUAAUGUAAGAUAUAUGUUCAUAAUUAUGAAAUGAAAUUUUUUA